CUUUAUAAAGGUCGUACGUAUCAUCUAAUAAAUUACACGUAUACACCCAACCGUAUAUAUGAUUUACAAGAAAAGUAAAACCUGAUAGACUGCAACAUAUAUUACUGUGACUAUGGAUUCCAAAAAUCACCUGAUGAAGGACAUUCCACACAUCUGGGCUAGGAAGAUGUUAACAAUUCUUUUUGCUUAUGAUAUUGACAAAGAUGGAAUUGUUUCUUAUGAAGACUGCAUGAGAGUAGCAGACCGCAUCAUAAGAUCAGCUAAUUUGAAAGACCCUGCAGCGAGUAACGUUAUUCAAUGCUUCAGAGAUUUUCAUUCUGGGAUGGAUCAGAUACUGCCAAAUUAUUGGAUCAAAUCAUGUACAGAACAAGUUCUUGAUUGUUGGUCAGCGGUAAAAAGUCCAAAGUUUAAAGAGGCAUUGGAAAAAUUUCAUGUCAAAAGGUUUCAGAUACUGGAUUUUGAUUCAGAUGGUUUUAUCAGUUUUUCUGAGUUCCUGCACUACUGGAAGGCUUUGAACCUGGAUCAAAGUCUGGCCAGGCUACAGUUUGACUAUAUGGAUACAAACAAGGAUGGGAAGAUUUCUGAGAAUGAAUAUGUAGAUGCAGCUCUUGAUUAUGAACUUAAUUAUACAGAUAAGGACACAAGAAAUCGUUCUUUUGGACCUCUUGUUGACUUUUGAAUAAAUAGAAUGUGUCACAUUUAACAUAAGAAAUGAAAACAGACCUGACAAUUUCAAAUCUGACGUAGAUAGAAAUGAGUAAUUUACCAUACCCACGUUAAUAUAGCCUAGUAUGUAUUUCUCAACUCAAAAAUGCAUUGCUAAUGCCUUAGUCACAUUUGCUCCGAUUUUCGCGCCCGG